AUGGAUGCCACGUCAACAGAUGCCAAUCAUAAGAUAGCAAGCUCCAGAAAGGCCAUGGUUGACUUGAAGGAAGAGGCCGAAGCGGAAGUUGCACACUGGCUAGAUGAGGUGUUCAAGCCAAUGUAUGUGAAGCUUCGGACAGCGGAAAAAGCCACAAGUCAGUGUGGCCAGUUCACCAAGCGGCAGCGCAUGACUGCGGAUAGGCGCAAUCAGGAGGAGCUGGAGAAGCUCGCCAGGACCCACAUGGACACCUAG